AAUGGAAGGUGCAAUAUCAACAAACUGUAAUAGUAAUAAGGUUGAAAUGAAUAAUUGUUUUAACGUAAUUAUUAUUGGCGCAGGAAUGGCAGGAAUAUCUGCAGCUAGUCACUUGAUAAAACAUGGUGAAACUAAUAUAAAAUUACUGGAAGCAAGAAAUAGAAUCGGAGGUCGCAUAAUAUCAAUUCCAAUGGGGAAUACACAUGUUGAAUUGGGUGCCAAGUGGAUACAUGGAAUCAUGGGAAACCCAAUUUAUGAAUUAGCCAUUAUGAAUAAGUUGAUUCAGUUGACAAAUGACCAACACCCACAUACAGUAGUAGCAACAACAGAAGAGGGGAAACGAGUGCCUAUUGCAGUAGUGGAAGAAGUGUACAGUGCCUACUUUUGGUUUAGCAAACGGUGUGAAGAAUAUUUUCUACUUCGAAUUCACCCUCCCUCAGAAGUAUCCAACAGUGUUGGUAAACAUUUGGAAAUGGACAUCAAAGCUUUCCUUGACCAAUAUGAAGGUGAAGAUUGUCGAAUUAGACGCAUGGUCUUUAAUCAUUUGCUCAGCAGAGAAACUUGCAUCACAGGUUGUCACAGCAUGGAUGAGACAGGACUAAAUGACUUUGGAAGUUACACUGAGCUUCCUGGGGGAAAUGUGAGCUUGCCCAAAAGCUAUUUUUCUCUUUUAGAAUGUCUAACUAAAGAUCUUCCUAAGGAUUCUAUUUUGAAAGGACUUCCUGUAAAGUGUAUUAGAUGGGGUCCCAACCACAAAUCAGAAGCACUUAAUUGCUUAUUGGACCAAAAGUCAUCAGAAUGUAAUAAUCCUGCAUCAAAUAUCCAGGAAGUCUUUAAAAUUGAAGUUGAAGCUGUUAAUGGGCAAAAGUUUUAUUCAAAGCAUGUGAUUGUGACACUUCCUCUUGGUGUGCUAAAAGCAACUGCGGAAGACAUUUUUGACCCGCCUCUACCAGAUUACAAAAGAGAAGCCAUUAAAAACCUUUGUUUUGGAGUUGUAGAUAAAAUCUAUUUAGAGUACGAGCAACCUUUCUUAAAUCCAGAAAUUGCUGAGGUGAUAACUUUGUGGGAUGAGACAACGGAACAAGAUAUUAGCAAAACGUGGUACAGAAAAAUCUAUUCUUUCAGUAAAAUUACAGAAACAGUACUUUUAGCAUGGGUGUCUGGCAAAGAAGCAGAAUAUUUAGAGACAUUAUCAAGUGAUCAAGUUGGAGAAGCAUGCACCAUGAUUUUGAGGAAAUUUCUGAAUGAUACCUAUAUACCUAAACCUAUUAGAGUUGUCUGCACCUCAUGGAAAAAUCAACCUUAUACAUGUGGUUCAUACACAUCUAUUGGUGUAAAUAGUACACAGCGAGAUAUAGAACUACUAGGAACUCCUUUGUAUUCUGAUCCUGAUUAUGCUAAGCCUGCUCUAUUAUUUGCUGGAGAAGCCACUCAUCCGAGUUUUUACUCAACUGUGCAUGGAGCCUACUUGUCGGGUCGUCAAGCUGCAGAGUACCUGGUUGAGACGAAGCAAACCAAUUCUCUUCCAGCAUGGUCAAUAGAUCGACCCAGAUGUAGUGUAGGAGACCUGUCAUCUUGGUUGAAAGGAAUUGAUUUAACUUAACUUCCUGUAAAAACCUUAAUGUAAAAAAUUUAUUUGUCCUUACUGUCAGCAAGGAUGUAUUGGGUCUACCAAAAGAAAAUUACUGACUCAGUUUGAAAGAACAUGUUAACAUGAGAUCACCCACAAAGUGAAGUAUACUUGAACAUGUUGUAGGUGAAUUUUAUGUUGUGUCCAUUCCAAUUGGUUUAAGAUCCAAUGGUGAAUAGAACCUCUAAAUAAAAAAAAAAAGAAUUUGCUCCUUUAUAAGCUGAGGCAAGAAAUUAAUGUUCUCAAUACAGCAAAUACAUUACUAAGGACAUUAUCUAACAGUUUGUGGUGUAACAACAUGGUUUGUUGUUGGCAUUAUCUAUCAAUAGACGACAAGUUUUGAUUAUUAUAAACAGUACUGACAAGAGUCAUUUUAAUGUAAUUUUCUAAAUACAGGAGUCAUUAUCCACGUUAUAUGGAAAGAGACAUUAUACAAGUUAUUCAACUUGCAUCAUAUGAUUAUAUGGGCAUUCUUUAAUAGUCACCAGCUUACUAUCAUGUCUGUUUAUUGGAAAUACUGUCUAGUACAAGUUGACAUACUUGUUUUGUGAUUAUUGGAGACACUGCAUCUUAAUUAUUUCACAAUUCAUUUAUACUAGCCAGCUUACUACAUAAGUUAUAUGAUGAAUAGAGGGGAACUCUCUGUUACAAGCCAGCUCAGUAUAAUUAUCUAAUAUUUUGACCAAUUUUUUAUCAAUACUGUUUACCAAAUAUCAACAAGUCCUUCAAAAUUUGGCAUGGAGUAAUAGUUAAAAAAUAUAUUGAAAUGUUUUGAGUCUCCACAUUAAAGUAGAGUAUAUUAUAGUGAGAAAUAACAUUAAAAUUUGUAAACGUAUUGUUGUGUUUUGAUUAUUAGAGGCAGUGGAUUGUGCUAUGACUAUAAAUCAACAUACUGCUGUGUCUUGAAUUAACUGAUACUGUGUUGUGCAAGCCAGUUAAAACCCUAAAAAAUAAAUUAUUUUCCCGAAUUUUUACCUCUUAAGGACCGUAGUGAAAAUAGUGGUUUAAAGUAAAAUACUCAUUACAAAGUAUUUUAGUCUUUCAAAAUUGAUAUUUUAUCUUCAUGUCAAAGAUUUAGAAUUAACUGACAUGUAAUUGAGUGUCAGGGCUGGAUAGAUCUGUCUGACCCAUAUAGAGAUAAGAAAUGAAGUAUAGAAAUAAGUUUGAGAUUUUAAGAAAUUUUUUUUAUGUUGCUCCUAUCUCACCACAUUUAUGUGUUGGCAUAAAAUUACUUGAUUUUGUUGUAUUUGAUAGCUCUGGAAUUUUGUUUUUUUCAUAAAUUUAAACUUGACUCUAAUUUUCUUCUUUAACAGAUACUGGUACCAACUUACUGGUAGGAUAUCACUGCAAGUUUACAAUAUGAAGUUCUGCUUAGGCAAUCCGGUAAUAGGAAAAUAAUAUAUGGUAUAUAUAUAUUUCUGACAUAAUUACUACAUUAAUUAACAUUAAUUUUACCUUUAUUUGUUCACCAUAAAAUUAAUUCAUUAAUUUCCAAACCCAUUAAUGAUACAUGCUAACACAUAUGAACUCAUUUUAUUUUUUGUCAUUAACCUAUGGCAUAACUUAAUUAAAGUUACCCUUCCUUCGCUAUAUCCCUUUUCAGUACACUAAAUUGAGUUAUUUAGGUUUGCACAUGUAUGAUAAAAGAUUUGAAUUAAUACACAGAUUAACUUUUCUUUAUACUGAUUCUUUUUCCAAGCUUUUCAUAUUUAAAAUGGUUUAAGACUUCAAAUAGUCUGUGUCCACAUCAAGCAAGUUUAACUGCUUACAAAUAAACAUGGAAGUGGACUAAAGAAACAAGGACAUUAGCUAAAGUUUGUGUAAAAUGGUGAUUGCUGUGAGAUCUUUUUUUUUCUUUGUUUAAAUACAGAACUUUUUAAAUGUGUAGUUUUAUACGUUGAGGUGGCAGUAGAUUUAUAAAAGUAUUUAAAACUGCAAAUGAUAGGUUGUGAAAAUUUGGAGAUCAGUUUAGAAACUAAGUAAGAUCUGAAAACUAAAGAACAAAUAUGAAGUGACUUCUGUGUUUAUAAAUAUUUUUAUUUAAUGUUUAUUCAAACAUUCUCUAAAAAAGCUUUCAAACAAUUUGAUUGUAACUUAAUAAAGGUGAAACUGUGAUUUUAGUUCUUUUGUCAAAGAUUGCUUUUUAUUGCACUGUCACGUUUACUCUAAUAUUGAUUGUUUAUAUUUAUAAGUAAGCUGACAUGGAAAUUCCUGACUGCUGAAUCUGUAAUCAGCUUUUUGUAAAUUGUAUAUUCAUAAUAUUAAUAUUUUGAGAUUAUUUCUUACUUGUAAAAUUGAAAAACAAAGAAGGCAGCCUGUUAAAGUAUUGUAUAUAUUUAACAUAUUGUGUAGGAAGUUUCAAUAAUCUUUUUUUGUUCCUUUUCUCAAACUGCACAGCUGUAUUUUACAUAUUCUGUGAAUGAACAGGAAGAAUUGGAAAAUAGCCUUAAUUUGAUUAUUUUUCCUAACUUAAGCAUCAAAGUAAUGAUAUUUUGAAAUUUAUUUUUUCAUACUUUAUGGUUUUCUCAUGCUAGGUAUAUAAAACAGCAAUGACAAAAUAACUUGUAUUAUCUUCAAAUUGCAAGUAUAGUAAAUAUUUAACUCUCAGAAAUUUGUAAUAUAACUUGUGUGCUUUAAGAAACACAAGUGGAAAACAUAAUCACAAAGUUACAUCAAAAAAGAGCACAAUAUAUUUUAAAAUUAUUGCAAAAGUCACGUUCUUAAAAGAAUUGCAUUUCUAAGUAGGAAAAAUCAAGCUUAAUCAUUGAUAAAAAAAAUAAAUGAAUGAUUUAAAUAGGUAGAAUUUUUUAUAUCAUUACCACAAGAAGAAUGGAAGAAGGUAGAUGUUUAGAGAAAGAUUUAAACUAAUAGCCCUCAACCACAUUUAUUUUUGCCUGUACCUAACAAGUUUCAAAACUAGCUACAUGCUUAGUGUCCUGAACUUACUGUUUUCAUUUCUUUAUGUCAUUUUUAUUCUGUUUAGUUUUUUAUAAUUCUAUUUAUCUAUCAUACUUACUGUUAUGUUUUAGAUAUUUGUUAUUUAGAAUAAGUAUUAAGAUAUCUUUCAUGUCUUUUAAUAUUUACUUCUUUGUAACUAUUAAACCAAUACACUUAAGUGUCAGCUACUAAAGCUUUUACUAUCUUCAGGAAGGUUUAAGAUUAGAAAGCAAGGAAUUUGCUUUUGUAAUUUCCACAUCUCUACAUAUCAUCUUGUGUGAUUAUCUACUGUUGCUACAUUUUAAUUGAUUUCAAGGUACUUUGCCAUGUUUUGCUGACUUUUAUAUGAUGAAAUUUCUCAAAUAUUUGUCUAGAAAAAAAGGUAAAAAAGCUCUUUUAAUUGUCAGAUCUUUCAUGUUCCACUUUAUUCCCAUACUAUUCCAAGCUGGUGUUAAAUGGUCAGUAUUGCAGUAUCAGGGUAAUGGUCAUGACUGAGGGUUAAGGAUGUUUAUUUUUACUGUUAUCACAAUAUUAUAUUGUUUACAAGUGUUUUUAUAUUCUUUAAUCAAACAAAAGUAAAAGUUGAUAAUUUUUGUUUGUUUGCUGCUCAUUUGUGUUUAAUCUACUUCAUUCUUUAUUACUGUGUGUGGGUCCUCACCUUUGACCCCAUGUUAUAGAUUUCUGUAUGUCAUUAGGGGACCUCCCAGGGAAGGUUCUGAUGGUGCAGCUACUUUCUCUAGAAUCCUAACAUCCACCCACAUGUUUACCAUGCAUAACAACCUGUGCAAGGGAGAUACUGGUGUUUGAGUGGUAACUGGGUCAAUCCAACACACCACUUUGGCCUUGAAUACCUGUAGCUGGGUGACUCUGCAGUGAUCCUCCCCUCCCCAAAGUCAGUUGGCUAGUCAAUUGUGGGUAAGGUCAGCUUAAGUUCCAGUAUCAAACAUCCUUAGUAGCUGUUGUGACCAAAUAGUUCUGGUAAUGUUUUGUUGGGUAAAGUGCUCACAAAACCUUGGUGUUGCUGUUCUGUUCUUAAGAUGUUGAGAGUUUCAUAGUGUAGCAUGUCCACUUGUAGGACUCCUUGAUAGGUGGGAUCAGUGAGCACUGAAUUUUUCUUUCUCCUUAUGGAUUUAUCAAUAAACAAGAUACAAAUCACCAAAAGCAACCACGCGUAGAUUGACUCUGUAAGCACAUAAUUACCAUCAUCUACUUAAUCCCGUGCAUCAGUCUGUGAUUUUAAAUUUCUUAUCAGAAACUACACUUUCUAAAAUAUUUCCUGUUUUUCAUACAAAAAGACUUAAAGUGUCUUGAUCCCGAAAUAAAAACUAAGAACUGGGUACCUACUUAUCGAAACAUCACAAGCACAAGACAGUGAACUCAUGGGCAAAUAAUUAUUGAGGUAACCCCCACAAUACUUUGAAUUCAUCAAGAGAAGUUGUUGUUAACACAUUGGCUGCCACAUAAUAAAAUAAGUAUAAAUAAAAUUAAACCAUCAAAAGGUGCCAAGGAGCAGUCAUAGUGUCCCAAACUAUAUGCUUUUAAACAUAAUUGUCUGUGACCCAUUGGUGGGACACAUGGCAGCCAACGUGUUAAGAGAGGUCUCUUUAACAUCCUUCAAUUGGAUAUUUUUGCUAAACUGUGUAAUUAGGGCAUAUCAAUUACCUAGUAAAUCUCCUUUCAGAAAAAUUUUGUAUAUGAACCAACUAAUGUUCUCAUUUUAGUGAUUACAUCUACACAUCUACAUGCCAAUGUAAAGACAGGUUAUAUUUCAAAUCUUCUCAGAUGUUUUCACGUUAAACACUUCAAAACCUCUUGCCAUAGCUCUAUAGUUAGUGCUUAUUGCAGUUUUAAAUACCAUGAUAGUUAUAAAUGACAAUUAAACCAACAUUACUUCAGUCCUGUGUUUCCUAUCCUUGAUACUUGAGAUCACUCUCAAUGGAUUGGGGUACAGAUGAUAAAGAAUUUUUCAAUAACAUACAUUAUCCUAAGACAAGAAAAAUAUCUACUAUUAAUAACAAAUAAUUGUUAAUAAGGGGAAGCCACAAAGAAGCUUUCCAUCUAGAUCUCCACAACAGUGUAAGUGAAAAUAGCUACAGUGACACAGCCAAACUUUCAAGGUUUUUGCACUAAUAUGGAUAUCAUCAAAGCAUUGAUUGAUCCUUACCAUCUUGUAUGCAUCUCUUUACAGGAGACAUUUCAAAAAAUCAGCCAAUUCUAUCACCACUGGCAGUUUUCCGUAAUGUACAAUAACAAAUUGGGUUACAGCCAUAUUCCUGGAGAGAGGUGGGUAACAUGGUUUGUCAGCCAACUUACUCCAUUGCUUAUUCCACUCACUAUGCUACCAGAAGCUGUAGCCAUCCAUGUCUGUAUUGGUCAGACCAUUACACUAUUUUCUUUAUAUCAGUUGCCUAGAGAAGAAUUUGAUUAGGCAGUUGCCAUCUUCCUUUGCCAUACUUGGAAACUUUAGUGGAUAUAGUCCACUUUGAGGCAGUAGAAAUAUUGAUGGAAGUAGUAUGUCUUUGGAGGCCUUACUCUUAGAUCAUAGCCCCUUUUUUUUUCAAUACCCAAGAUUACACUAUUUCCAUGCCAUAAGUCCAACAUAUACUGUCAUUGAUCUUCCAAUCUGUUCACUUUGUCUCUUUUUAUUUUUUUUGGAAGACAGCCAAUGAUCUAUAUGGAAGUGAUGAUUUCUCCAUUGUCCUGAGUGUGUGGACACAAUCUAUGUCUUCUGACUCUAGUGUCACGGUGGAAGUUGGAGAACGCCAACAUAACCCUCCUGUACCAUAACAGAUAAAUAAACUUUUAGCCUGGGUCUAAGUAAGGAAAUUCGUUCUACAUACAAAAGAGAAGGGAUGUUAUAGUUGUAGAUUACUGUUGGUUAUAGACUCUCACAUGAUCCUCUUUUAAAUUAGAUUCUGUUAGUCUCAGUUCUUGUAUUCCACCUGAUGAUGCUACGUAAACCCGGUGAAACAUAGUGUGUAAAAUAAACUUGGGGGAAUUUUAAAAACAUACUUCUUUCUAAUAUUUAAUUAGAGUCUAGAUACGUCUUGCUGUUCAUCAGGUUUCCUGUAUACACCUUUGGUAAGCAUCAUUCCUUUUCUUCUGAUCAUUUCAUUGAUAAAUUUUGUAUUUCUUAAUCAUUAAUUGUGUAGUUGAGAAUGUGUGGUAUCUUCAAGUAAAAACUGAUUUCCUGACAAGUAUCAAAUAAGCAGACCAGCUAAUAACAGCAGUUUUGCUAGGAAAUAAAGAGUGUAAUUAUGAAUCUUAUACUUUGACUGACUGAAUGUUCUUAGUGUGUGUGUGAAAUAAUAACACUGCAAAAAGCUGGUAUAAAAUAGAAAAAUCUUUAUUAUUAAACAAAAAGAAAAUGCAGCAUACAUACUGGAGUGUAAGCAAAAUCACAGUUGCUUGUACUGAUGUGUGUCACAGCUUUCUAUCAUGUGAGACUUUUAUCAAACUAAACACAAUGACCUUAAAACUACAUCUCUACUAAUCAAU